CGGUUACUGCAUGUUGGUGGUGAAGAAAGAAAAGUUCAAUGAUCAUUUGGAAAACUCUGGAAAAGGGACACUUAAUUAGCCUUUCUCGGUAAUCAAAAGGGCCAAGGAUGGCUCUCAAUCCACGCUCUUACGGUCUGGCCCAAAUACAGUACCUGGUCGCCAGCAUAAAUAAAAAGAACUACAGAGGGAACACAUCUGAAAUAAUCACUUUGGUAGAGAAACAUGGCGUUGAAGCAGAGAAGCACUUAUUUCGUUGUCUGGUCACACAAGUUGAUUUCUCUGGUAAUGGUGGCAGUGACAACAGGACUAACGUCACUAAAGAUGGACAGCAGCUCCAGUUUUUGAUACACGAGUCUACCCAACUCAUCACUCGGAGGAAUUUUGUCUCAAUUUUAUGUCACAGUUUUGAGAACCAAGAAAACAAAACGCUUCGUCCUGUUAAUCAAAUACUUACGAUUGUCUCUAAAGUUUUGAAACUGUCAAGAGUUCACGAGGUUGUGUUUGCUCUUGGUCUUACUGAAAGUAAUGACCCUGAUAUUAAGACUCAUGCUAUGAGUCAUCUAAAAUCAAAGUUGCCUGACCUCAUAAGAUCUUAUUCAGAUAUGAGCUCAGGUUUUGAAGGUGGGCUUGGUGACGUUGCUGUGGAAGUCCUUCACCUGUUACUCUCCUACCUUCUCCAAAGGUCUGAGGAUGAAACAGGUGGGAUCUCCGCUGACACUGUAGAGUCCUUUGUACAGGUUCUUAGACGAGAUUUUCCACGUGAACGUGUUCCUGUUGUAUUAGCUCCUUUAUUGUACCAGGAGCAGCAAGACAUCACUGAAGAUAGGCUGAUCCCAGUAUCUGUUACUCUACCAUUAUCAGUGAGUUCUAUAGAAUUGGCAGAGAUUAUACGUGAUGUUGGAUAUGCGGCUACUGCUUCUAAGCAAGACAUGUUGGAGAUAUUAAAGGAUUAUGGGAAGAUUAACAUAACACCAGCUGUAGUCGCUCGAGUCCUUGGAAUGAUGGCCCAGACUCACUCUGAUCUCUCUGACAGCUUACCUUAUAUGGGUGUUAAUUCUGAUCCUAGUAGGAUGCAGGUAAAGAGUCCAUCUUGUUGGGAUGCAAAGGUCCUUGCUAUUGCCCUUCAAUCAUUGGUUCCUAACCUCUGUUGGCGUGAUGUUGUACCCGAGAUGGACUAUGAAGGUUUUUACAUUCCUAGUACCGAAGGGCUUAACCUGAUAAUGACUUGUUUCAAUGUUGGAUCAAAGGACUCUUUCCCCAUUGAAAUGAUAUACGAGCCAUGGCUCCACACUAAAGGACAGCUCUCAUGGUUCCAGCAGGCAUUGAGCAGUGGGUCUAGUUUCAAUUUCUACAAUUAUCCAUUCAACCCUGUCAACCUUGAGCCAUUGAAGAACUCCUUUCUUGGGGAAGAAGCUAAAACAUGGCGUUCAUUGAGUCUCAUUGAGACAUUGCUCAAUUUAGCUGAGCAGGGCCAUCAUUGUGAAGUGAUUGAGUUGUUCAGGGUACCAGUCAAACAGUGUCCUGAAGUAUUCUUCCUUGGUUUACUCCAAUGCAAAACAUCAUGGCAGGUUGUUGAAACCGAGCUUCUCUCUCAUCUUCUCCCCAACUUCAUUAACAAUCACCCAACGUCUUCAUCUGUUCUCAGUUACAUCUGGCACAGCUCUCUUGGUACACCUGCUGUCCUUGCAUUACUUAUUAAAGUUAUUGCUGAUUGGUAUGCCCAAAAUGAUUACAAUGAUCACACCAGAAUACUCAAGAUAUUAGACAUAUGCCAGGACCUAAAGAUGCUACCUAUUAUAUUAAAAUGUAAUCAUUUCCCAUUUGUCAUUGACCUGGCUACUUGGGCAGCUAAAAGAAAGUUCCUUAAACUUGACCUGUGGAUGAUAGAGAAGAUCAAAGAAGUGCAGGAUCAGUUUGUUCAGGAGUGUAUCCAGUUCUUGGUUAAUCAUGCUCCUAGGCCAGUAGCGCCCAGUAAUGAGACUACUGGCCUAACUCAUGAUAUCGUCAUUACAAUGUUAGCAUGUCUCCAGCCAUAUGUUACUUCAUUAAAGUCAGAGUAUGCUCAAAAGUUAAAGAUGCUCAUUAAUUUUCACGGUCCCAUCUCUUCCCUUCCACCUCGACCAGCCCACCCACUCAGCCUUGGAAUUGAUGGAGGGUCUGGCGUUGUGGGAGGAGGAGGAGGAGGAGGAGGAGGAGACUAUCCUAUCCCUGGAUCACCUGCUGGGGUCAAGAGUUCUUUUGGACAGGAAAUUUUACUCUCUUCACCUAUUGGAGGGGGCGGUCCUGUGGGAGGGGCAGGCAACUCGUUUGGGAGUGGUGGAAAGAUGAUGGCAUCAUACGGACCACAGUCAUCACAGCAAGUACCAGAUCCAGUGUAUUUCUCUGUUGAGCAACCUUCUAAAGAUGUUGAUGAAAAGGCUAAUGCUUUCUUUCAGGCGAUAUACAACAGUAGAAUGAGUGUCAACCAGUUACUCGAGAUAUUAAGAAAAUUCAAAGAUUCGUCUAACAAAAAAGAGAAGGACCUCUUUGUUUGUAUGCUACGUAAUAUCUUUGAAGAGUACAAGUUCUUCCCUCAGUUCCCAGAGAAAGAGCUACAUAUCACAGGACAGCUGUUCGGGGGCAUAGUGGAGCACGGGCUUGUGACUUAUAUGUCACUCAACCUAGCUCUGAGGUUUAUUGUCGAUGCUUUGAAGAAGCCUCCUUCUAGCAAGAUGUACUUAUUUGGUUUGGCUGCGCUGGACAAGUGUAAGAAAAGACUGAAGGAUUUCCCUCAAUUCUGUGUGAACAUAGCCAGCAUAUCUCACUUCCAGACUUUCCCGUCUCAAUUGAAACAGUAUGUUCAGUACGGUCAGCAAUCGAUGGAUCCUCCACUUUCAGUGUCAGGGACUUCAUCAUUACCAGGCUAUAGUGGACUAGGACAUGAUAGUUUGGGUCUGAUUGGUUCAGUAUCAAGUAAUCCCAUUGGCUCUAUUGGCACUCCUGUUGGUACACCUGGUAGCAUUGAUCUGGCCACACCUACCUCCCUACCGUCCUUACCUUCAAUUGCCACGUCUAAUGUGUACCAGCCUGGCCCUGGCUCUGGCAACAGUCCACUCUCCUCUCCUGUAGUUCCGGAGAUGGGCCAGUUUUCACCUACAGCUACUACAGCAUCAUCUUCAAUUGCAACAUCUUCACUGGGAGGAGUAGCAGUGACUAGUAGUAUUAGUAAGACUCCUGUUACAGCUGGAAACAGUCCUGUCUCUAAACCUGGCGCACAACAGCCUCCUUCUAUAAACAAUACUAGUAUUGAUACAUUGCUGGUUGCAGCUGAUCUCUCUGAUAAGAAACCGCCUUCACAGGAUUUGCAGGAUAAAGUUCACUUUCUGUUCAAUAAUCUCUCAACCAGUACACUUCAACAAAAGGUUGAGGAGUUUACUGCAUUAGUUGGUGAUGAGUAUUAUGAUUGGGUGGCUCAGUAUCUUGUAAUGAAGAGGACGUCCAUUGAGCCCAACUAUCAUCCAUUGUACAUGAACUUCCUUGAUACCGUUAAUAAUUAUAAUCUACGUAAAGCUGUUCUUAAGGAAACCUAUCGUAAUAUAAAGGUUAUUCUUUCUUCUGACAAGACAAGUAAUAAUUUCUCAGACAGGGCAAUAUUAAAGAACCUUGGUAGAUGGUUAGGGAUGCAAACACUAGCAAAGAACAAGCCAAUCUUACACAUUGACUUAGCUAUGAAGGACCUGGUGUUAGAGGCUUAUCACAGAGGACAGCAGGAUCUUCUUUAUGUAGUACCUUUUGUUGCUAAAGUACUAGAGGCUUGUGCAGAUAGCAAGGUAUUUAAGCCUCCUAAUCCAUGGGUGAUGGCCAUUAUGACGGUAUUAGGCGAGUUACAUGCUGUGCAUGAUCUUAAACUGAAUCUGAAGUUUGAAGUCGAAGUACUUUGUAAGCAUUUGUCACUGGAAAUUUCUGAGCUGCCUCCUAGUAACUUCCUUAGUGAUACGGAGAGAGCUAAGAAACUCUGUCAACUAGUGAGUCAAAAAGACAAGCAAUCAGGUACAGGUACAUCACCUCCUCAACCAUUAUACCCAUAUGAAGACAUACCCACCACCAUACAAGGAAUCGCUUCUCUUAUACAGAUCAGCCCUCAAAUUGCUCUAUUGCAGCAGUAUCCUCAGUUAAAGCAAUACGUGAAGUCAUCAAUUGAGAAGUCAAUACAAGAUCUCUUAGUACCAGUUGCUGAUAGAUCGGCUAAAAUUGCUCUAACCACUGCUGAACAAAUCAUUAAAAAAGAUUUUGCAUUGGAUCCAGAAGUGUCACGUAUGCACGCUGCUGCUGUCCACAUGGUACGUCACCUCACAGCUGGCAUGGCUAUGAUAACUUGUCGUGAGCCGCUACUCCUAUCAAUAUGUAAUAACUUGAAGAGUGCCUUCUCGUCUGUAUUAAGACAUCCAGUAUCAAAUGAUGAGCAGUUGAAGCAGCUAAUAGAACAGGCCGCACUACAACUGAGUGCAGACAACACUGAACUAGCCAGUGCAUUCAUUCAAAAGACCGCUGUUGAGAAAGUUGUGCCUGAAAUGGAGAAAAGACUCACUGAAGAGUUUGAAUUACGCCAGUUAGCAAGAUCUGAAAGGAGACAAUAUUAUAAUCAUGUUGUACUUAGCUAUCAAGUGGAUAAGAUGCCAGAACAACUGAGAGUUAAUGUUGGUGGCCCGACUCCACAACAAGCUGUAGUGUAUGAGGAAUUUGCAAGAUGUCUUCCUGGCUUCCUACCAUCAUCUAAAGACACAGCUAAGGGGGAUCCAGCUAGCCAGUUUGUGCCUACAGAGGAGUUUGUCCACAUAUUAACAAACUGCAUCAAAGAGAUAACAAGUCAAAUAAGAAUGAUACCACCGACCCAACCAACGCCUCACAUCAUCAUGAUGAGGUCUCUCCUGGAGAUGGCAAUACCACUAAGGAUCAAUCCAACAUACGUCAAUGUCAUCACACUCUUACAAAAAGCUUUAGAAGGUUUAUUGGAAGGAAUGAAUCCGCCUCCUAGUGAACCAGACAUGUUUGUCAGUUUCAGGGACUCCCACAUACUGAUACUAAGAGCAUUACAGGAUCAACGUGCACUCGGUCCCAAAUCAGCCUGUUUUCUUGUUACUAAGAUGUUAAUGGAAGCAAGGGAAGAUAUCAAGUACAGCCCGAGAGCACUCAUUCUCUUAAUCGGACUACAGCUAGUGGAUAUGAAGCAACUCGAUGAAUUCCUUGCCAAAGCUGUUGAAAAUGGUCGUAACCUUGUUGCUCUUAGCUGCAGUAUUAAGUUGGUCAAUGCUAUCGAUUCAGCUGAGAGACGAGAGACACCUAUCACUGAUAAUGAUCUUAAGAAAACUAAAGAGACACUGUUUAGACUGACAGCUAAUGUUAGACAACUGCCGGAAAGCACUGCCCAAUUGUUAGAGCCAUUCUGUCACGAACACGAGAUACGCAUAGCAUCAUUAAAUCCUGAAAUGGGAAGCUCGGCUCCUGGGAUGCACUCAUCAAUGAUGCACCAUUCCUCCAGUGGAGGAUCCACUGGACCGGCUUCUACUGGACUAUCAGCAGCACCUGGCACCACUGGAGAACUGGAGGACCCUCCAGGACUUUAUGAAAAAGUGGAGUAUUUGUUAUCUGAAUGGGUCAGACAUUUCCAUCAGCCUGGUCUGUUAAGAGAUGGUGAUAAGAUAUAUGCAGCCUAUGUCGCUAGACUACAGCAGCAAGGGAUUCUUAAGAAUGAUGAUCUCAUUCAAAGAUUCUUUCGUAUCAGUAUGGAGAUGUGUGUUGAACUAUGCUAUCGUACACUAAAUGAUCCUGUUAAUGGUGGCAUGAGUAGACCAAAGUGUUACCAUACAAUGGAUGCAUUUGUUAAGCUGGUAGUGGUGUUGGUCAGGUAUUCUGGUGAAUCAUCAAACACACUAGCUAAAGUUAACCUUUUGAACAAAGUCCUAUUAACAGUCACUCAAGUGUUGCUUGCAGAUCAUGAGAAGAGACAAGUUGAGUUUCAUCAGUUGCCAUAUCACAGGUUCUUUAUAAUGAUACUCAAUGACUUGUGCUCUCCUGAUCCUGUUUUCGAUGCCAUCAAUUUCCCUGUGCUCCAAUGCUUCUGCACUGCUUAUCACAUGGUAAGACCAUCCAAAGCACCAGGCUUUGCUUACACAUGGCUUGAGCUAAUCUCUCAUAGAGUUUUUGUCUCUAAGCUACUAUUACAGACCCCUCAACAAAAGGGUUGGCCUCUCUUCCAUCAGUUGCUGAUUGAUGUUUUCAAGUUCUUGUCUCCGUUUUUACGCAAUGCAGAACUUGUAAAGCCAACACAAACACUCUAUAAAGGCACUCUAAGAGUAUUACUUGUCCUCCUUCACGAUUUCCCUGAGUUCUUGUGUGACUAUCACUUCUCAUUUUGUGACGUCAUUCCUCCAAACUGCAUUCAAAUGAGGAAUCUUAUCCUUUCUGCCUUCCCUAGGAACAUGAGACUGCCUGAUCCUUUCACUCCCAACCUCAAAGUGGAAUUAUUGCCUGAUAUACAGAAUGCCCCAAGAAUAUUACCGGCCUACAUACAGCUAAUUAUACCAGAUUUAAAAAAGAAUCUAGAUAACUACAUAAAAACACGAGCUCCAGUAACAUUCCUACAAGAACUAAGAGGACACUUACAAAUAUCGUCGGAACCUGGUAAACAAUACAAUUCAUCACUGAUCAAUGCUCUUGUGCUAUAUGUUGGCACACAAGCUAUCGCAUUCAUUCACAGUAAGAGUGGUACACCGUCUCCCACUACUAUAGCACACACGGCUCAUAUGGACAUAUUCCAACACCUUGUGGUAGACCUAGAUACUGAAGGUCGUUACUUAUUCCUUAAUGCAAUUGCUAAUCAGUUAAGAUAUCCUAAUAGUCACACACACUUCUUUAGUUGUGCCCUACUCUCUCUCUUUGCUGAGACUAAUCAUGAAGCAAUUCAAGAACAGAUCACAAGAGUUUUAUUGGAGAGAUUGAUUGUUAAUAGACCACACCCCUGGGGCCUAUUAAUCACAUUCAUUGAUCUCAUUAAAAAUCCUACCUACAACUUUUGGAAACAUGAUUUUGUCCACUGUGCACCUGAGAUAGAGAGGUUGUUUGAGUCAGUUGCUAAGAGUUGUAUGCAGAAGCAACCCACCACCAGUGCAAGUGCUACCAGUACCAGCAAUAGCACAAGAGAAUCAACGACUGACUCAUCGCAACAAGAAUAACUUUGAGUUUUAUUGUUAUUACAAACUGUAUUUCUGUGUGUAUACAGUCUUGAUUACUGAAUAGGCCAAAAAAA